UGUUAUAAAUAGUGCUGUGUGUUCUGCUGACCGGCCAUCCUCCUCUCAAAGUGCAUCGCCCACCUUCGCUCAGUCACUCACCUUUUCCCUCCUUCCCUCUCCGUCUGUUACUCUCUGAACACACAAACACACACAGAUCUUCUCUGCUUCUCUCUGGAGCUUUUUACAGGACUUGUCUGCUCGUUCUUCUUCUGGUAAAAGACUGGAAGACGCUCUAAUCAAGUCAGCGAGCUCGUCAGCAUGCGUUGUGUGAGCUGGUUGUUGCUGGGGACCUGCCUCCUGGUCCUGGGGCCCGCGGUGCAGGGAGCCCCGGGCCAGUGCCCCAGCCAGUGCCACUGCCACGGGGACCUCCAGCACGUCAUCUGCGACAACGUCGGGCUGAAGAAGAUCCCCCGGGUGUCAGAGGUCACCCGUUUGCUGAACCUGCAGAGGAACAACCUGGGCAGCAUACCCACGGGGGCCUUCGGCGAAAGCAAGGGACUGAUCUCUCUGCACAUGCAGCACUGUCAGCUGCGAGAGAUUGGAUCCCAGGCCUUCAAGGGGCUGAAGAAGCUCAUCUACCUCUACCUGUCCAACAAUGACAUCACCAGCAUCAAGCCCGGUGCCUUUGAGGACCUGACUGAGCUCACCUACCUCCAUCUAGAUGGGAACCAGAUCAGCGACCUCCCUAAGGGCAUCUUCUCCCCCAUGAUCAACCUCUUUAUUCUGCAGCUCAACGACAACAAGCUCCGGGAGCUCCGGCCGGGGACCUUUGCCGGUGCCACAGACCUGCGCUGGCUGCACAUGAGCGGGAACGAGCUGACGACCCUGCAGCCGGGCUCUCUGGACGACGUGGAGAACCUGGCUAUCCUUCACCUGGACAGGAACAAGUUGUCCACCUAUCCCAUCGUGGCAAUGAGCAAACUACGCGUGGUGGAGGAACUCACGCUGGGGAAGAACCCCAUGAGGACCAUCCCGGACUUGGCCUUCCAGAGCUUUGGGCGCUACGUGGAGAAACUCUACCUGGACAACAUGGGUCUGGAAAAGUUCUCAGAUGGUGCGUUCACUGGUGUGACGGCGAUUAAGUCACUGCACCUGGACAACAACAGGCUAAAGUUCCUUCCCAAAAGCCUCGAAUUUGGCACCCUCACCAACCUCACGCUCUCCAGCAAUCCAUGGAACUGCACGUGCCAGCUAUCUCGAUUGCGCAGGUGGAUGGACACGAGCCGCAAUCGUCCAGACGCAGUGUGUGCAUCUCCACCUCCCCAGAAAGGAAAGCAAGUGAGAGACAGCCCCGCCUUGAGUGGCUGCAAAAUCAAGUCAAAGUCCAAAAAGGGCACACGUCUUUGAACACGCAGUUGUACAGGAGACGCUGGGGAGGAGCCUGUCCAGGUGACUGGCUACACAUGCAACGAAAAGCAAUGCUAACUCAUUCUACUUCAAGACUGUCCAUCUAUUCAUCCGUCAAAUAUCGUCACUAGUGUCAACAGACACACACUUGCUCUCUGUCCGUCUCUCUCACACCCAAACACAUCAGGAGCUUCAUUUUCAUUUGUUUAUAUAACCGAUGAAGACUUAAGUUUGAAAUGGAAAUGUGCAACAUUAAAGUAACCACCAAACAAAGGACGCGGUUUGAGUAAAUGAAGGCUACAAAAAGCAUUAAGGGAAAAUAUGUUUGUUCUCGUGGUGCGUUCAGGGUCUCAUAGAACAGGAUCAACAGGAAAUAUAAAAAAUCUGAACGCCCUUCCCUGAGGAGAAUGUUCUCGUCUAAGUUUCAGUUUCUUGAUGAGCGUGAAAAUAAUGUAAACUCAAACCAGAUGAUCUUAAAAGGGAAUGUUUGACAUUUUUGGUAAAAUAAUGCUUAAACAGAACGAUAUGAGAAGAUCUAUACCACUCUUCAAGAUCCAGUUCUUGAAGCUACCGCCAGCAGCCAGUUAGCUUAGCUUAGCACAAAGGCUGGAAACAGGGGUAAACAACUAGCCUAACUCUGUCAACCUACCAGCACCUCUAAAGCACCCUCAUUUAAGCGUUAUGUAUUGUUAAUUAAAUCUAUAAAAGAAUUCAAGAGAACUCUUUACAUCCAGUUACCUGGUCCAUCAUUGAUAGAAAUAAGAUGUGAUUAGUGCAGCUUUCUUUAUUCCUUUAUUUUAUUAUGGUGGUUACCAUUAUAAACAAUUUAUUAACUUUGGCUCCAAAAAAAGAUAACGAGGCAGAGAAAUACAUCCUCUAACACUCGUUUACCCUCUUCUCUACUUUGUGACGUCGGUUUUACACCCUCACCGACCGAGACAGUGGCCACAAAAAGGACGAACCGUACAGGAAGACUUGUUUCUCCAAGAUGGUUAAGAGACAAUAAGACUUUGAAAAAUGUAGGGUAUUAUUUGGUGAAUCAUAGGAGGCAAUUUACAAAUUACAUCUCUCUUUGUUUUUGUGCCAUUUCCCCCGUAUGAAGGUAUUUUAACACUCUAAGGAUCUUUGAGACUAAAUUUACCUUUUUUUUUAGGCUCAGCUAAGAAUGUAGACAAGAAUAAGUCUAAAGAGAUUAACAUGUUAUAUGUUGUGCUAUUUUCUGUAUACUUUAAUGCAAAAUAUUUGUAACAUUUUCUCAACAUUUCACUGAUCUAAAUUGUAAGAAAAAGUGAAGAAUAUCUUGCACAACAACUCAGAGACUGACUGACUGUUGACUUUAUGUAUAUCUAAUGUAUAUUCAAUAUCUUUACAUUUCCUUGACUUUUGGAAGUGGUGACAAAGUGCUCACACACAAUAAACCUUCUACAAAAU